AUGGCUCGGCAGGUAAAGGUGUUUGCUGCCGAUCCUGAGGACACACGAGGCGUCCCGGAGCUCCGGCACAGCGCAGGGCCGGGCUCUGCCAGUGGCUGCAACUUUCUUCGGCCUCGAAGUCAGCCCGACCCGGGGAGGCGAUCUGGAUCGCUCUCCGCGCGCGUCCCUAGGGUCGGGUUGAAAAGUCCCCAGCGCCGCCUACGGGGAGCCCCGGCUCGCCCCAGCACACUUUCCUCGCCGCCCCCGCUCGUGCCCUCCCGGCUUUCCCCCCGAGCUCGCCCCGCACUCCGGCGCCCGGUCCUACCUCCCCGCAGGCGGCGGCUCCGCGGGUUCCGGGGCGCAUAUCGCGGACGCCCGUGGCGGCGGGGGCCUGGGGCGCCAUGGCCCGCUGCCCUCCGCGCCUUUGUCCGCGCGGCCUCCCCCGGCCGCCGCGAGCCCCUCGGGUCCCCGCCGCGCGCGCUCCCGUCCGGUCCCCGCCGCCUCCGGCCUCGGAGACGCGCUGCGUCCCCUCCCUCCGCCCGCGCGCGCGGCCCCUUCCUCUGCCUGGGGCUGCGCCGCGAUCGUCUGCCGCGACGCGCGCCCCCUCCUCCCGACCCAUCCCGCGGCUCCAGUGAGCUAAUCCGCAGCUGGCGGGCGCCCGGCCGGUUGCCACAGCAACCACUCUCCCAGGGCCCGCCGCCGAGGGGGAGCCACGAUCGCCUCACGGGUUCUCUUCUACCCCGGCCGGGGUCCAUGCUCGAAGUGCGCUUAGCCGGGGGCCGAACACCAGACAACACCGAAGCCACGCUCCCUGCCCUAGCUUUGUUUCUGGUCAGUUGGCAGGGAGCUAAACUGCUGGACGCCUCAGGGUUUAAACUACGAAGCUCCGAAGAAGAGAGGACCACACGGAAAAAGGGGUCACAAGAGCGUGCUUCAGUGUUUUGCGCUAAGCCAUUCAGUGUGUGCCUUGCCCUGGUGCGCGCCGCGGUCCCUUUAAGGAGCGCGUUCUGGGCGGAGAGGGCGGGGCCAGGUACCGGAAGCCGCGGGCGGCGCGGGCCAGGUCGCGGAGUGCUCUGCCCCGCUGGGGCUCUCAGCUCGGUGCUGGUCCCGGAGCAGUUGGCUGUGCGCGUACCCUCGCCGUGUCCCGGGGACCUGGACCGUGCACCCGCCUCCCUGCGGCUCUCUGAAGCUCCGCCGUCCGCUGCAGGCCUCGGGUCCGCACCUCCGACCCUGGCGCUCGGUUCACCCCGCACUCUGCGGUCUGGCUCCGCACAGCUCCGUGCGCGUGCUGACCUCGCGUCACCCGCGGUCCCUGGCUCUGGUUGCCGCCCGCCCCGGGUCUGGCCUGGCUUAGGCGGCGGCCCGAUUUACCCCAGCCUCUCCCGGAGCAUCUCCACCAAUGGCUUCUUAAGUAGGAGACAAGCAGCCUAG